GCCAUUAAUAUGUAGAGCUCAGUGGCACAUAGACUAAUCUGCUUCAAUUUGUAUUUAUAUCCAGGUUAAAAAUGUCCGAGCUCGAAGCUAGUGUAUCGUGUUCUCCGCAGUGUGCGGAAACAGACCAUAUCAAAAAUACAGACGAUAUAAAUCCAGAAAUAGUACAAAACACUAACACCAAUAUUUCUCAGGUUGAAGGGACUCAGAUUGAUGAUGAUCUUCUUAAGGGCCUGUUGACAGAUAACUUCUGUCAUGUGUGUGAAGCAUCCCUGAUCCACGAUUCUCAGAGAGUUUCCCAUUACGAGGGGAAAAAGCAUGCACAGAGAGUCAGGAUGUACCUGAACAAGAAAGAUAAAAUGAAUAAACAGAGACAAGAAAGUGAAGGCCUUUUGAUAGGUCUGUCGGCAGAAAAAUUCUGUGAGAUGUGCAGUAUGGUGUUCAGUUCCCCCACUGUGGCAAAGUCACACUAUGAGGGCAAAGUUCAUGCCAAGAACAUGAGAAGAAACAAUGUUCCGCCACCUAGAGUACUUUCAGCACCUGUCACAGAACCCACAGCUCCUAUUGCCAUCCCAUCUGAGGUUCCUGUGCAGAAUCAGGUUACUCAGGAGCAAAAGGACAUUUCUGGUUUGGCCGAUCAAGGAGUCGACCUUAGUGACCCUAACAAGUACUGUCCACUGUGUAGUGCAUCCUUUAACAACCCUUUGGUUGCUCAGCAGCACUACAGUGGCCGAAAGCAUCAAAGAAACCAGGCCCGACAGGAGAUGCUGGACCAGAUGGGGGAGAAGUCAGAACAAGCGAGCUCUCUGACUUGCCCAAUUUGCUGUCUGACACUCAGCUCAAUAGAGAUGUACCAAUCACACAUGCAGGGAAACAAACACCUCAUUAAAGAGAAGAAAGUUAUUGACCUGUGCAAGUCCCAGAAGAAAGUGUACAACUCCUUCCAGGACGAGCUGGCUGACUACAUUCAGGUGCAGAAAGCCCGUGGACUGGAUCCCAAAGCAGGACAGGGCCCCGCAGGUCAUGCAAGCAAGGCUGAGGAGGAUGAGAGUCCAACAGAAGACCCACAGACAGCAGAAGAAAACCCUCAUCCUCCUCCUAGUCACAUAAUACCACGGUUUCCACCCCCAGCUUUCCCUCGACCCCACUGGCGUCCACCAUUUCAAUCCGAGAUCAGUCUGUUUGGCUUUGGGAUGAGAGGCCCUGUCCCGAGCUAUCCUCCAGGAUACAUGCUCCCCCAUUCUCAUCCUCCUCUCAUAACAGCUCAGCAGUAUAAAAGAGGAAGAAGCCCGGAGUCUUUUAGCUCCUCUUCUUUCUCCGACGACUCAUCAUAUACCAGCAGCAGUAGCGAAAGCAGCAGCAGUUACGACAGCAGAGAGCGAAGGAGACGCAAGAGGAAGACGAGGAAACAAGGGAAGAGCAGGAGAGAGCAGGAGGAAGGAGGAGAUAACGAAAGGAAAAAGAGGCGGAAGGAAGACAGGAGGACAGGAAGUGGAAAAGAAGAUGAUGGACAUAAGAAAUGCAAGGAGGGAAGACGGAGAAGCUCUAGCGAAGACGAGGAAAGCAGAAUUAAACGGAGAUCGAGGAAGAGGCACACGGAUGAACAGCAUGAAAAGAGACGGAAAGAGGAGGAAGUAAUGGAGAAACAACAGGUGGAAGUGCAAAGCAAAGAAGAAAGGAUCGAGGAACAUGUUGAGGAGUCCAAAGAUGCCAAGCAGAAACACAAAAAAGAGAAGAAGAAGGGAAAGGAGAAGAUCAGUCAGGAAGACAACAGGACAGAGGAGGAAAGGCUUUGGGAUGAAACCAUUCUUGGUGUUUUUUAGACACUACUCGAGUUCUCGAUUAUGGUCUGACAGUAUUGUUGUAAUAUAACUACACGGGACCUCUGAAAAAGUGCUGAAAUUUCAUCACGCAUCUCACUAUUUAUGCUUUCUGGAGAAUUCUCAAAGCCUUUUCUUUUAUAUUAAAUCACAUCUGCUCACAGUUUCUUUUUAAAGGACUUAAAAUAGAUUUUUUUUAUUAUUUAAACCCCUAAAUUAAUUUAAAAUCCAAACUUUCUUUUUUUUUCUAUGGAGUGCAAACAUAGAUAUUUUGAAGAAUGUUCAUGCUGUUCCAAAAUCAACUAAUGUGAUAGUAUAUGAAAAAUAAUAGUGAAAAUAAUAGAGAUAAUAAUACUAAAAUAAUAGAGAUAUUAUGGGAGGUACAUAUCAAAAUUCAAGGUAUUCACCGAAAGCCUGUAUAUGUCAGUUUUUUCUUGACACAUGAAACUCAUAAUGCUACAGUAUUUAUUUAAAAAAAACACCUCAAUGUCAUAUGACUUCAAAGUACUUUUUAU